AUGUCGCGCAAUCGACCUCGGCCUAGAGACAAUGGUCUCGGCAACAACGAGGAGAUGGAGCUGUGGACCCGCAUAAGCCAGGACAUUCGCAAGUCCAAAGACAAGUUCGACCAACAAGCGUCACUAUCCGUGCAGAUUAAGACCCUGGUGGAAAAAAUCACCCGUGAUGGCAACAAACCGACGAUGACCGAGCACGACCAGCUUGAUAUGUGGCUACGCCAGAGUCAGAAACUCAGUGAGGAGGAACGCUCCAUCAUGAUGGAUGAGCCGUGUGACGUGAUCAAGAACCUAGAGCUCCUUACCGCGCUUCGCAAGGCUUCUGAAGCUGAAGCGCCCCCAAAUCGAUCGUCUGCCCUCUCUAAAUCCCGGAAAAAAAGAUCGGAGAUGGAGAGCUCGGCGACCGAUUCUCCUGGCGCUUCGGGCGUCGAGAAGUCUAUUCGCUCCAAGGGCACUGUUCCGCGCAGUGCUAGUGUGUCAAGCACUCAGGCCCGCGAUGGUCGCAAUGAUGGGAUUACGGUGAAGAUUGAAGAAGGGUCCGAAGGGACCAAGGGGACCGUUGCUGAGCGCAGUGGGCUCCUCGUCGUAGGGUCUCAGGUAGUCUUCAAACACGAUAAGAGUAAACAAGGGGUGGAAGGGGAAGGCAUACAAUGCAUCAUCAAGAAUAUCUCUGGUGAUGGACACAAAAAACGAUGGUAUGAUGUCCAGGAUCCAGAGCCCAAUGAGAAUGGAGAACAGGGAGCCGUUUACAAGACCACGGCCGCGUCUCUUAUCCCUAUCCCACAAGUGAGCGGCUCUUUGCCUUCGUUUCCAAUGGGUAAGCAGGUCCUUGCCAGAUACCCGGAUACCACUACCUUCUACCGGGCCGAGGUUAUGGGCGCGAAGAAGGAUGUGUAUCGUUUGAAGUUUGAAGGUGAGGAGGAUGACAAGGAGAUGGAGGUUGACCGACGCUAUGUCUUGGAUAUUCCGAACAAGUAG